UGCCGGCUUUACGCUCCUCCAUAUCUUUGUGCCAAGCACUGACUUCCAACCUCUCUUCCCGCUCUAAUUGCCUUCGGUUUGGCGGGGUAAAGAAAGGUUAACAGGGGUGUUUCAAAGACUAGGAGGAUAGAAGAAGGCUCUAGGCACAAUGGCACAAAUUUUACCCAUUCGUUUCCAGGAACAUUUACAGCUCCAGAAUGUUGGAAUCAAUGCCGCAAACAUUGGUUUCUCCACUCUCACGAUGGAGUCUGAUAAGUUCAUCUGUGUGCGAGAGAAAGUUGGAGAGACUGCGCAAGUGGUUAUUAUUGACCUAGCGGAUGCCAACAACCCUACACGCAGGCCAAUCUCUGCUGACUCUGCUAUCAUGAAUCCCAAGUCAAAAGUGAUUGCACUGAAAGCUGGCCGCACUCUUCAGAUCUUCAACAUCGAGAUGAAGAGCAAGAUGAAGGCUCACACCAUGGUAGAAGAUGUCACCUUUUGGAAGUGGAUUAGUGUCAAUACUAUUGCUAUGGUAACUGAUACUGCUGUAUUCCACUGGACCAUGGAAGGUGACUCCCAGCCGACAAAAGUAUUUGACCGUCACUCCAGCCUGGCUGGCUGUCAGAUCAUCAACUACCGAACUGACAAGACCCAGCAAUGGCUUCUACUGAUUGGUAUCUCAGCCCAGCAAAACCGUGUGGUUGGAGCAAUGCAAUUGUACUCAGUAGAACGUAAAGUGAGUCAACCUAUUGAGGGUCAUGCUGCAGCAUUUUGUCCCUUCAAGGCCGAGGGCAACCAGAGUGAAUCCAACCUCUUUUGCUUUGCCGUCCGUGGGCCUCAGGGUGGAAAGCUUCAUGUGAUUGAAGUAGGGACUCCUCCUGCUGGAAACAGCCCUUUUGCCAAGAAGGCUGUAGAAGUAUUCUUCCCUCCAGAAGCACAGAACGACUUCCCAGUUGCUAUGCAGGUUAGCGAGAAGCAUGGGAUAGUUUUCCUGAUUACCAAGUACGGCUACAUCCACCUGUAUGACCUGGAGAGCUGUACAUGCAUCUACAUGAACCGCAUCAGCGGUGAUACCAUCUUUGUCACGGCACCACAUGACCCUACUGGUGGAAUCAUUGGGGUUAACCGCAAAGGCCAGGUUCUUUCUGUGAGUGUGGAAGAGGAGAACAUUAUCCCGUACAUCACCAACGUGCUGCAGAAGCCAGACCUCGCCCUGAGACUUGCAGUCAGGAACAAUCUUGCUGGCGCAGAGGAGCUAUUUGUGCGCAAAUUCAACACCUUGUUUAACAACAUGCAGUACUCAGAGGCAGCCAAAGUUGCAGCUAAUGCACCCAAGGGUGUCCUGCGUACACCUCAAACCAUCCAGAGAUUCCAGCAAGUUCCAGCCCAGCCUGGACAGACCUCGCCACUGCUUCAGUAUUUUGGUAUACUGCUGGACCAGGGCAAGCUGAACAAGUUUGAGUCCCUGGAGUUAUGCAAACCUGUGCUGCAGCAGGGCAAGAAGCAGUUGCUGGAGAAAUGGCUUAAGGAGGAGAAGCUUGAGUGCAGUGAGGAAUUAGGAGACUUGGUGAAGCAGGUCGACCCCACCCUUGCCCUGUCCGUCUACCUUAGGGCCAACGUCCCUGCCAAGGUUAUCCAAUGCUUUGCCGAGACUGGACAGUUCCAGAAGAUUGUCCUCUAUGCCAAGAAAGUGAACUACAACGCAGACUACAUCUUCCUGCUGCGUAAUGUGAUGCGGGUAAACCCAGAAGCUGGAUCCUCCUUUGCCUCAAUGAUGGUCCAAGAGGAUGGUGAACCCCUAGCCGACCUGAACAUGAUUGUGGAUGUGUUCAUGGAGACAAACCAAGUACAAGCGUGUACUUCUUUUCUUCUGGAUGCUCUGAAAAACAACAGGCCUACUGAGGCUGCCCUUCAGACUCGUUUGCUGGAAAUGAACCUGCUAACCGCACCCCAGGUUGCUGAUGCUAUCCUCGGCAACCAGAUGUUCACUCACUAUGACAGGGCGCAUGUUGCUCAGCUCUGCGAGAAUGCUGGACUUCUUCAGCGGGCUUUGGAGCACUACACAGAUAUCUUUGACAUCAAGAGAGCCAUUGUCCACACUCAUCUUCUCAAUCCUGAGUGGCUUGUGAAUUAUUUUGGUUCCCUGUCGGUGGAGGACUCUCUGGAAUGCCUGCGUGCAAUGCUCAGCCAUAACAUAAGGCAGAACCUGCAGAUCUGUGUCCAGGUAGCCACCAAGUACCACGACCAGCUGUCCACCAAUGCCCUCAUAGAGCUCUUUGAGUCAUUCAAGAGCUUUGAAGGUCUCUUCUAUUUCCUUGGUUCCAUCGUCAACUUUAGCCAGGAGUCAGAUGUACAUUUCAAGUAUAUCCAGGCUGCUUGCAAAACUGGCCAGAUUAAGGAAGUUGAGCGCAUCUGCCGUGAAAGCAACUGCUAUGACCCUGAGCGUGUGAAGAAUUUCCUGAAAGAGGCCAAACUGACAGAUCAGCUUCCACUCAUCAUUGUGUGCGACAGGUUCGACUUUGUGCAUGACCUGGUGCUCUACCUUUACCGCAACAACUUGCAGAAGUACAUUGAGAUCUAUGUGCAAAAGGUGAACCCAUCCCGUCUUCCCGUGGUGGUUGGUGGCCUGUUGGAUGUUGACUGCUCUGAGGACAUCAUCAAGAGUCUCAUUAUGGCUGUGCGUGGCCAGUUCUCCACAGAUGAGCUGGUAGCACAGGUAGAGAAAAGAAACAGACUCAAGUUGCUGCUCUCUUGGCUUGAGGCAAGGAUUCACGAUGGCUCAGAAGAGCCGGCCACUCAUAAUGCCAUGGCGAAGAUCUACAUAGACUCGAACAACAACCCUGAGAGAUUCCUCAGGGAAAACACGUUCUAUGACAGCCGCGUGGUAGGUAAGUACUGCGAGAAGCGUGACCCCCAUCUUGCCUGCAUGGCGUAUGAGCGAGGCCAGUGCGACCAGGAGCUCAUCAAGGUCUGCAAUGAGAACUCGCUCUUCAAGAGCUUGUCACGAUACCUGGUGCGAAGGCGCGAUCCUGAGCUGUGGGCAAGCGUGCUCCUGGAGACCAACCAGUACAGAAGGCAACUAAUAGACCAGGUUGUCCAAACAGCCCUGUCUGAGACCCAGGACCCGGAGGAUGUCUCGUGCACAGUGAAGGCGUUCAUGACCGCUGAUCUCCCCAACGAGCUGAUCGAACUCCUGGAGAAGAUUGUGCUUGAAAACUCAGUGUUUAGCGAUCACAGAAACCUGCAGAACCUGUUGAUCCUGACGGCCAUCAAGGCUGAUCGAACACGCGUCAUGGAGUAUAUUACCCGACUGGACAACUACGAUGCGCCUGACAUCGCUAGUAUUGCCAUCGGCAGUGAGCUGUACGAAGAGGCAUUCGCUAUCUUCAAGAAGUUCGAUGUUAACACUUCUGCUAUCCAGGUACUUAUUGAGAACAUCCAGAAUCUGGACCGUGCAUACGAGUUCGCCGAGCGCUGUAACGAGCCGUCAGUAUGGAGCCAGCUUGCUAAGGCCCAGCUACAGGAGGGGAUGAUUAAGGAGGCGAUUGACUCGUACAUUAAGGCAGAUGAUCCUUCAACCUACAUGGAAGUUGUGGAGGCCGCUAACUCGGCAGGCAAUUUCGAGGACUUGGUGCGUUACCUGCAGAUGGCCCGCAAGAAGGCUCGUGACACAUUCGUGGAGACUGAGCUGAUUUUUGCGUAUGCGCGCACCAACAGACUUGCAGAGCUGGAGGAGUUUAUCUCUGGGCCCAACCACGCCCAGAUUGGACAGGUCGGUGACCGUUGCUAUGACGCGGGGAUGUAUGAUGCCGCUAAGCUACUGUACAACAACAUCUCUAACUUCGCCAAGCUCGCGUCCACACUUGUGCACCUGGGCGAGUACCAAGCUGCCGUGGAUGGGGCACGCAAAGCGAACAGCACCAAGACUUGGAAGGAGGUGUGCUUUGCUUGCGUUGAUGGCGGCGAGUUCCGCAUGGCCCAGAUGUGCGGUCUCCACAUUGUGGUCCAUGCUGAUGAGCUGGAGGAGCUUAUCAACUACUACCAGAACCGCGGCUUCUUCGAAGAGUUGAUUGGGCUGAUGGAGGCGGCUCUGGGACUGGAGAGAGCCCACAUGGGCAUGUUCACCGAGCUGGCCAUCCUCUACUCCAAAUACAAGCCUUCAAAGAUGAGGGAGCACCUGGAGCUCUUCUGGUCACGUGUCAACAUCCCCAAGGUUCUGCGGGCUGCCGAGCAAGCUCAUUUGUGGUCCGAACUUGUGUUCCUGUACGAGAAAUAUGAGGAGUACGAUAAUGCGGUGCAGACGAUGAUGCAGCACCCAACCGUCGCAUGGAAAGAGGGGCUUUUCAAGGAUGUCAUUUGCAAGGUCGCCAACAUUGAACUUUAUUACAGAUCUCUUCAGUUCUACCUUGACUUCAAGCCAAUGCUGUUGAAUGACCUUCUCCUGGUGCUUACUCCUCGUAUGGACCACACACGUGCCGUGGCCUUCUUCGCUAAAGUCAAGCACUUGCCUCUGGUCAAGCCAUAUCUGCGCUCAGUACAGAGCCACAAUAACAAGUCCAUCAAUGAAGCUCUAAACGAUCUGCUGAUUGAAGAGGAAGAUUAUAAUGGACUGCGUGCCUCCAUCGACGCCUUUGACAACUUUGACAACAUCAAUCUGGCGCAGCGCCUGGAGAAGCACGAGCUGAUCGAGUUCCGCCGCAUCGCCGCGUACCUGUACAAGGGCAAUAACCGCUGGCAGCAGUCCGUCGAGCUGUGCAAGAGGGAUAAACUAUUCAAGGACGCCAUGAUGUAUGCCGCUGAAUCACGCAAGAAGCAGACGGCCGAAGAUCUUAUCCAUUGGUUCCUGGAGAUCGGCCAUAACGAGUGCUUCGCCGCAUGUCUCUUUAUGUGCUACGAUCUUCUUAGUCCGGAUUACGUGCUCGAGCUCGCCUGGCGCCAUAAACUUAUUGAUUUUGCUAUGCCGUAUAUCAUACAAGUAUUAAAAGAAUAUAUAGAUAAGGUCGAUAAAUUACGAGCUCAAGAAGCGGAGCGGAAAGAUCAAGAAGAAACUAAGCAAGACGCACCUAUAGUAUUCGAUAACCCACAGCUGAUGAUAACUGCAGGUCCUGCUUUUGCUCCACCUGGUUUUGCUGGACCACAAGGAAUGCCAGCAAUGCCCCCCCAACAACAACCCUACGGCUUUCAGCCAGGAUACGGCAUGUAACCCUCUACAGCAUUUAGGGAAAAAAUAUUACCAUGUAACCAGACAAUUUGAGUAGGUAGUUUUUUUUUUCAAGAAAUUUUUAAAAGCUGGGAUGUGGAAUGGGUUAGUGGCAGGAUGGUAGAAUUUUAGGUACAAAAAUUUACUUCGACCUUGAUUUAGUGAUGGCUAAACUGAUGUUACAGAUUCAUAGGUACGUGUUUCAAGAGAACUGCUCAUUUUAAUACGGCGGACAUUUUUGGAAACAGCAAAGCCAAAAAAAUUGUCAAAUAUGCUGCAGGAAGUUCUACUUCUAAGAAUAACAACAAAUAAAUAACUUCUUGUAAGGGUGAUUUAGGCGAUUUAAGGAAAGCAGAUGUUGGGCGCUAAGAUGUAGAGUCUUGGACACAUCAGUAAGGUUUUGUGAUUUGGGUGUGGCUUCUUCCUCGUUCUAACACUCCAGCGAAACAUGUUAUUCGGGUAAUUCAAGUCUUUUUGGUUCUCAUUGUAAAAGCGGCUUUGCUUCUUUAUUUUUCUUGGUGUACCUAGUGCACCUGAGUGAAAGUAAACUUAAAAGCCCAUGCACCAUUCACAAUAGUUAAAUAAAUAAUGCUUUGGUAAAAA